UUCUUUUCUUUUCUUUUCUCUUAAAAACUCACUCCUCACACCAUUCACAAAUCUCACUUUCUCUCUCUAAACUUUCCUUUCUCCCUCUAAACCCAUCUAACAAAAAUGGCAGACAGAGUCCACCCUUCUUCCAAACCCACCGCCACCGCCGCCACCACAACAGCACCACCACCACAACCACAAGCAGCAAUUAACAAUCCGACAGCAGCGAAACCUGCUCAGCUCCGACAACAACCGUACCGACCACAACCACAGUACCGAAACCGUCACAACCACCGCCGUCGUAGCAACCGCAACAUCUGCUGCUGCUGUUGUUUCUGGACGAUUCUCUUACUCCUCUUACUCGGCUUACUCGCCGCCAUAGCUGCCGCUGCCGUCUACGUACUAUACCACCCGAACAGACCUCAAUUCACCGUCGAUUCACUCCGCAUUACUAAGCUCAAUCUCACAACUUCUCCAGACACUUCUUCAUCUCACCUCACUACUCUUUUCAACAUAACGAUCUCAUCAGAAAACCCUAACAACCACCUCACCUUCUUCUACGACGCUUUCACCGUCACCGCCUCUGCCACCAGAGGCGGAGACAUCCAAAUCGGUAACGGAACCAUCCCUGCCUUCAUCAGCGACAAGAAGAACGAGACGAGUUUCCGUACGAUCGUUGCAGCUUCGCAGGAUCUGGAUACGGAUUCAACGGCUGCGAUUAGAUCUGAUCUGAAGAAGAGGAACGGUCUUGGUUUGAAGAUUCAGAUGGAUACGAAUGUGAAAGUGAAGAUGGAGAGCUUGAAGAGUAGUAAGAAGGUUGGAAUUAGGGUUACGUGUGAAGGAAUCAAAGGUGUGGUGGCGCCGCCGAAAGGUAAGAAAUCUUCGCCGGUGAUUGCGUCAGUUUCCGGCGCCAAAUGUAAGGUUGAUCUUCGAAUCAAGAUCUGGAAAUUUACAUUUUGAUCUUUUUUUUCAAAAUUCAUUCAUUUUUUUUUUCAAAUCUUUUCAAUUAUGCCAUUUUUUUUUAAUUUGAUUAUUUUUGAGAAAAAAGAAAAAAAAAAACAUACAAAGCCUAAGAGGUUUAUAGUAGAGGUUAAUGGAAAUUUGUGGAAAUGUUUAAAUUUUUAUUUUUAUUUUAAUUCGUGUCACAUUUUGAUUGGUUGAGAUGUUGUAAAAGUGAAUCUGAAUUUUGAUAUAUAUCAAUACAAUGUGAUAAUAUUCUCU